AUGUUUUAUCACAAUUCUGGUCAUCCGGAAAAUAUACUAGUUUCCGGUGGUUAUGAUUGUUCAAUUCGUUUCUAUAUUUUUGAUGGAGAUGAAUGGGUUACUGCACAAGCAAUAGCUGAUGCACAUUCCGAAACUGUUUGGUCCGCAGCAUUUGAUAAUUUAACCGGUCAACAUUUGGCAACAGUUGGUGGUGAUAAAACAAUAAAAAUUUGGAGUAAAGAGAAAAGACCGGAAGAAGGACAGAGUUGGUGCUCUUGGAAAAUUGCAGUGAAUUUGCCUUUUUUGGAGACUAAAUGGCCUCUUUACGCGGUUGUUUGGAAUUGUGAUGGAAUAAUUGCUGUUGGAGGCGGUGACUGUCUUGUAAGGUUAUUUGUUUUUGAUGUGGAAAAUUCAGCACUUUCACUCCUGUCUUCAAUACGACUACCUAGCGAAAUAAACUGCCUAGCUUGGAGGCCAAAACAACAAUCAGAACAAACAACAAAUUAUUUGGCUGUAGCUUCGGAUGAUGGCCAUUUGCAUUUUCUACAAAUUGAUAACCAAUAUAUUAAUAGGUUUGGUGCUAUAAAUGGACAAAUUGGUGAUUAAAAAUUGUUUUUUAUACGUUUUGUUUUCAACUUAAAAUUUUUAAAAGGCAAAUAAUUUUAUAAAAUUUAUUUAAAUACAAAUUUGAAUCGUUAAAUUGUUCAGAGUAUAUUUUAUUUAAAAUUCUGAUUAUUCCGGAAAAUGUUUUGACGUUUUAAUUUGAUGUUUGUUUAAAAUUCUGAUUAUUCCUGAAAAUGUUUUGGUAUUUUCUUUUGAUGUUUAUUUUAAAUUCUGAUUAUUCCGGAAAAUGUUUUGAUAUUUUCUUUUGAUGUUUAUUUUAAAUUCUGAUUAUUCUGGAAAAUGUUUUUGAUAUUUUUUUAGAUGUUCAUUUAAAAUUCUGAUUCCGGAAAAUGUUUAUUAUUUUUAACGUUUGUUUGAACUUCUGAUUGUUUCGGAAAAUAUUCUUAAUAUUUGUUUUGAUGUUUAUUUUACAUUCUGAUUAUUCCGGAAAAUGUUUUUGAUAUUUUAAUUUGAUGUUUGUUUAAAAUUCUGAUUAUUCCGGAAAAUGUUUUUGAUAUUUUAAUUUGAUGUUUGUUUAAAAUUCUGAUUAUUCCGGAAAAUGUUUUUGAUAUUUUAAUUUGAUUUUCUUAAACAAGAAGCUCAACAUUUCAUUUUCCAUGCAUGUCUUGAGGCAUUUCUUUCCCUUGUUAGCGCUCCUUGUUAAGCAUGCGAAUGAGAGUUUUAUUUAAUGUGUGAAUGAGUGUGAGUUUUAAAAAAUAAAAAGGAAAGGAAGUGGCGGAUGAAGCUGUGAGAAAUAAAUAAAAAUAUAUUUAUAGAAGCAAUGGCCAUUGAGGGGGAUAACAAGAAUGAGGCGGAUGAAGAAGCUGAGUUAGUAUUAUAUAAGGAAGGGGAAGGGUUGAGCGGAAAGAAGGGAGAAAAAAACUCAGAACAGGAUGGAUAAGUCGCCAAAUUGAUUGGAGUUGUUACUUGCUU